CACAUGUGAUUUAAGUUGGUACACAAAAGAGAUUAGACAUGGCCGGCAACAAUAUUUCUGUGCCGAUUGCCAAAAAUCCACUUCUUGAAAUUCCUUACAGACAUGAAGAUUUUAGCGAAAGGCGAAAUUACAAGCUUAUAGAAGAAAUUAAAAGUGAUCAAAUGAGCCUACAUAUUGAGGAACAUAACGGCAGAAAAUGGAAUUUGUUAGUACUUGGUCCGUGCGGAUCGGGGAAGUCAUCCUUAAUUAACUCCGUAUUAAGUAUUUCUAAAGGGAAAUAUAUCAACAGUGCUUUCGCAUGCGGAGUACAAAUGGGUUACACUACAUCAAAGUUUAGGUCCUACGCACGUGGUUCGUUUGAUAAUUUGAGGUUUUACGAUACUGCCGGACUUCACCAAGGAUUCAACAUAGACAUGAUGACAAGUAUUAUUAGUGGAAGAGUUAAAGAAGGGUAUGACUUUUUCUUAGGUGGAAUUAUUGAAGAGGAUAACCCGUUCUACAGAAAGAAUCCUUCUGAGGCAGACAUGAUGCAUUGUGUCAUUUAUGUAGUGGAUAUUUGUUUAUUAAGUGUGAUGGAUAGUUCGUUUACACAUAGUAUUAGAAAGUUGCAAACAAAACAGAUAAGUUCUGAUUUACAACGCAUUUUAAUUCUUACGAAAUGCGAUGAGUUAUGUGAUGAAGUCAAUAAAAAUGUAGUUAACAUCUACAGAAGUAAAAAGGUAUUAGAAGAAAUUAAUAGAGCAAGUGAUUUAUUUGGUCUUCCUAGAGGAAAUAUACAUCCAGUGGUAAAUUAUGGAGAACGCGUAACGACAAUCAACCCAGAUAUGAAUAUCCCUAUUCUACUUGCGCUUCAGCAGUGUGUGAAUUUCUCCAACGAUUUUAUGGAAAAUAUAUUGCAGAGAAACGUCAUGCAGAAUAAUGCUAAUAAAUGGCAAACGAUGUUUGCCUUAACGGUAGUAUUUAUGGCAAGAGGACAACACAUGGACAAGACCUUACCACAGGAGUAUGUCAUCAUGUGCAGUUCUGUGGAAUUGAAACUUGGGGCCAGUCGGCGAUUUUGA